UCAUUUUAUGGCAGAUUCAGGCACUUCCUGGACAUCAUCGACCCCCGCACUCUCUUUGUGACUGAGAGUCGCCUGAAGGAAGCAGUGCAGCUGUUGGAGGAUUACAAACAUGGGACUCUGCCCCCAGGAGUCACCAACAAAGAGCUGUGGGGAGCUCAAAAAAUCAAGCAGGCCAUCAUCCAUCCCGACACCAACGAGACCAUCUUCAUGCCUUUCCGGAUGUCAGGUUACAUUCCUUUUGGAACACCCAUCGUUGUUGGUCUCCUCUUGCCCAACCAGACGCUGGCAUCCACAGUGUUUUGGCAGUGGUUGAAUCAGAGCCACAACGCCUGCGUCAACUAUGCAAACCGCAACGCGACAAAGCCUUCUCCGACAUCCAAGUUCAUCCAGGGCUACUUGGGAGCUGUCAUAAGUGCUGUCUCAAUAGCAGUGGGCCUUAAUGUUCUGAUUCAGAGAGCAAACAAGUUUACCCCGGCCACUCGUCUCCUGAUCCAGAGGUUUGUGCCGUUCCCUGCUGUCGCCAGUGCCAAUAUCUGCAACGUUGUCCUGAUGAGGCACACAGAGCUGGAAGAAGGAAUUGACGUGUUGGACAACAACGGGAACAUCGUCGGCUCCUCCAGAAUUGCUGCAAAACACGCGCUGCUGGAAACAGCCCUGACCAGAGUGGUCCUGCCCAUGCCUAUACUGGUUCUACCUCCAAUUAUCAUGUCCCUCCUGGAAAAGUAAGUGCUGGGG